AUAUCAACUCAACACAACAUAACCUCCAAUUCCAAUAUUACAUUGUAUGAAGAUGAACAUCUUUUCUUUUUCAUUUGAUCAUGACAUGUGUGUGUGCACUGAAAACGUAAUUAGAAUAGAAUAAUAAUUAUGAAAGAAACCUUCUCUAUAAAUAUUGAUCUCAUCAAAUAAAAACAAAAUGUGGGGUAGUUUACCUGCCUGCAAAGAUGAUUGGGAUAUUGUUGUGCCAAAGGAUCUAGGUGAUCUUGUUAUUGUAAGUGCUGUAAAAACUGAAAGGCCAGAACUCCUUUACCCAUCACCUGAUCCAGAAAUCGAUUUAGAUUUUGAAAUAACUUCAAAGUACACUAGAAUGGAAGAUAAUGUUAUAGAAAGCAUUCAGCUAAUUCAGUAUGGGAGACGAGUCAAUGAGCUCAUCGAUAUUAUUGAAGAGUCACAGGAAAACUUAUCUUUUGAGAAUAUUGAGCCCUGCCCUCCGUUUCCAGAAUUUCCUGAAAAAAAAUAUCAACCACCUAUAUUCAGUGAACCCGAAUUGCUUCUUGUGAAGAACGAAGAAGAAGAAGGAGAAGAAGAAGAAACCUGCUCAUUUUCUCUGGAAGCACAAAGAUUACCUCCUAGAUUGGUCCAAAGGAUUCUUGAGAAAACGGUGGCUGCUUUGCUUGCGCACGCUGGAUUUGAUUUUUCAAUGGAUUCAGCUCUUAAGGUGUUCGCAGAUGUAGCAGAUGAAUUCCUGAAGAAGGUGACGAUGCUCCUUAGAACUUAUGUCGAUCAGGACAAUUCAUGCGAACGUGAUGUUUAUCCUGAUGCAGUAGAACGGUUGUUUAUUGAAAUCGGGUUUGGCAGUGUGCUCUGUCUACGAAAAUUCUACCAGACUCAAGUGCUUGAUUAUAGGGAAGAGGCUUACAAUGAAUCUAAAAAAUUAGCCGAACAAUACCAGAAACGUUAUGCUCUUAUUCAAGCAAAUUUUCAAACCAAGGAGCUACCGCCCUAUACUAAAUACGAGAAAGAUGAUGACACAGAUAUUCCGAAAAUCAAUUUCCUGGCGGUUGGUGAUGCUGAUGACAUAGAUGAACUGCAGCCAUCACUGCAGCCUGGCUUUCAAAUGCUCGAAACUUUUGAACAGUUGCCCACCAACAUAUCCUACCAAAAUUAGAUAAAUAACGAUUAACCUUGCAGGAUCAUGUCUGAUGCCAGAGUUUUAAAAUCGCAGCCGAGACAUUCAGUUCACGUGUCCAACCUGGCCCGAUUGGCCCAACAAAUAUCUUAGCUUGGUGAUCUGUGAUCACCAAUCAUGUAUUAGAUUCUUUUUCUUCUUAGAUACACUGCAACGUUGCAAUAUCGUAGGCCGGGGCUUUGUAUUAGAGGUGGCUAUGACACUAUUCAUUAAAAUUUUACAUUGAACAAGAUAAAAAUAAAAAUACAACAUCGGUGUCAGAAGUGGGAUUGUACUGUAUGUGUUUUUUUAUCCCUAACAAUUUGCAAACUUCUUGGAAAACAUUUGAUUCAAAAUUUCUGCCUUGAUCACUAUGUAAUUCUAAUGGCACUCCAAAUCGACUUAUCCAAUUAUCUAUUAUCAUUCUGGCAACGGUUUGGGCCUCUUGAUUUGCAAUGGAGUAUAUUUCUGGCCACUUUGUGAAGUAAUCAAUAAUCACCAAAAGAUAUUUAUUACCUUUAGUAGUCACUGGAAACGGACCGGCUAUAUCCACAGCAAUUCUUUCAAAAGGGGAUCCCACAUCAUAUCUUUGCAUCUUUCCUUUGAACCUUUUCCCUGAUCCUUUACUUGCAGCACAGGUAUCACAGCGCCGACACCACAACUCUAUAUCUGCUCUAGAAUUGACCCAAUAGAAGCGCUGCCAUAUCUUCUCUAGCAUCUUAUUAGUUCCAAAAUGACCACCAGAAGCGCCACCAUGAAUCUCUUCUAAGACUUCUGAUAUACUUUUAUUGGGUAUGACUUUUUGUAGAACCAUAGAAAGACCAUCUGCCGAUUCCUAUUUCCGAAACAGUACUCUACUCUGGCGAGUUGGUAGUGCAGCAUGAACUGCUCUCUUAGCAGCAUCCAAUGUCAGAGCUUGGGUGAGUGCAGACCGCAUAUAAGAUGGUCCCCAAUCAACAAUGACCUCUUUAUUUCAUUAUCACGAAUCCCAUCUUUGAAUGUUUGCGUGGCUAAAUGUUGUUGAAUAUCGACUGGUGCAGAAAUAUAAGCGAUUUGAGCCAACUGCUGUACAUCAGCUCCAAAUUCUUGCAAACUCUUACCAUUUCUUUGAGAACGACUUUUCAGUUGACACCUGUAUACGUUCUGUAAGUGGCCAUCCCCAUAGCGUUGUUCUAGUGCUAACAUUAAUUUAUCAAAAUCUAAUUUUUCACUUGAUAAAGUUUUCAACAGGUUAGCAGCUUGCCCUGUCAAGGCUAACGUCAAAUGUACAGUUUUCUCUUUAUUGGUCAAAUUAUUAAAUGUAGCCGCUGCUUUGAAUUGUAUUUUGAAAAUGUUCCAAGAAGAAUGACCGUCGUAAUUUGGUGGUUUUACUUUUUUUCAUUAUUUUUCUCUAUUGUAUUGAUAGUAGCUAAUGUUGGAAGGCUACUCUCAUCAUUUAUAAUGUAAAUUUCCUUAUUAUUGAUGCCAUCAUUGAAUAUAUGUCCAUCAACAUUAAUCUCAUUCAUCAACCUACCUAAUUUUGCAUUGAUUGUUGAAAUUUGUUCAUUUGUAUUAUUAGACAAGACCUCAACUGUAUUGCUCAAAAGAUUUAUGUCUCCCCUUACAACUUCUAAUUCAUUUUCAAUUUGCUGCCUUCGUUCAAUUGAAUUACUGGUCAAGGCUUCCAUUCUAUUGUUCACAGCAAUCAUAUCUUCUCUUACUAAAUCUACGCUCUUUUCAAUUUCCAACGAAACUUGGAAACACACAACGAGUGGGUAAAUUUGAUCAAAAAAGGUAUGCUAGAAUUUUAAUCUAAUAUGGGGGAAACUUUCAACAGGAAAAUUUUCAAAUUGUUUGGGGUUUGGUACAUGAUCAGAACAUAACUCUCUCAAGUAAUAGAAUUUCCUACAGGCAAUAACAAGGUGCUUUUUCAGAUUUUGAAUAUGAUGGCUCCAACUCAAUUGCGCGUCUAAUGUAAUGCCAAGAUAUUUCUAGUGUUCAACCUCCUUCAAAUUCUUACAGUUGCAGUUAUCUACUUCAUUACAAUCAAUGACAUGGAAAGCUGGAAAGGAUAACUUGAUGAUAUCGGUUGCAGUGAGUGAUCUAAGAUCCUGAAGUAAAGCCGUCUUUAGUUACAAAUCUGUGUCCACGGCAUUACGUAGAUAAAGUAUAAGGCUAUAUUUCUUGUAUCUGAUAUUGUUAUGUAAUUCGUGUUAUUUGCGGCUAGAUACAUUGUUCAACAUUUUCAAGUGCUCCAAUAGGCCAAUACUUGUAGGAAACUGUGAAAAAUGUCUUAUUUAUAUUAGAAAAUGUUUUAAUAAAUUUAAUUUUUUAUAAAAAGCAACGA